AUAACGUACGAGCCGGUAGUGAGAGUGUGUGUCAGAGGAGGCGGGGUUUCGUCUCCUCCUUCUGCCCAACAUCAUCCUGUUCCUCCCUAGUGAUGUAUCGGCGUGCGGUGCACCUGUUUUCUGUACUAUUUAGGUCAAUGGCCGCUCAAAUGCUCUAUUUUAACCACUGUCAUCAUCAGUAGCCUCGCGGAAAGGUCGAGACGAGGUGUUCGGUGUCACCUGAGAGCCCGAGGCCUCGCUUCACUGUGAUUUAAGGAGAGGAUGUGGUAAUUUCUUCCCCCGGGGAGCAGCAGUGAGACAGCAUCUUUCCCGGGUGACACAUCAUUAUCUGUACGAGUGGACAAGCCUCGUAGGACGCCAUGUCGGACAAAAGUGACCUAAAAGCAGAGCUUGAGCGCAAGAAGCAGCGCCUCGCCCAAAUCAGGGAGGAAAAAAAGAGAAAGGAGGAGGAGAGGAAGAAGAAAGAGGUAAGGAAAAAAACAGAGAGCCAGCAGAAGGCUGAGGUGACUCCAGAGGAUUCAGACCUGGACAGAAAGCGCCGGGAGACUGAGGCCCUCCUUCAGAGUAUUGGUAUAUCACCGGAGCCUCCUCUUGUCCAUUUUUUGCAGCCUUUAAUGUUAGAUUCAUGUUACUUUCAUUAUUUAGUCCCGACCCCUGUGUCCCCCUCCAAAUCAGUGAGCACGCCCAGUGAGGCGGGGAGCCAGGACUCAGCCGAUGGAGGCCCGGCAGGCAGGUCAGGUUUGUCUAAAAACAAGUCCCAAGCACAGAGCACAAGGACGCUGCAGUGGGACACAGACCCUUCUGUGCUGCAGCUGCAGGCUGAUUCAGAGCUCGGGCGGAGGAUGCAGAAGCUGGGGGCCUCCAAGAUCACACAGGUAGACUUCCUUCCCAAAGAGGUGGUGUCUUACAGCAAAGAGACACAGACGCCGCUCGCUGCCCACCUGUCUGAAGAGGAGGAGGAGGAAGAUGAAGAGAUGAUGGAGCCAAAGCCAGGCCCCGAGUCAGAGCCGCAGGAUGAAGACGACAACAAAGAAAACAAAGAAGGCUCAUUUUCAGUGCUGAGGGAGCUGACAGAGGAGGAGAGACAGCAGAUCCUUCACUCCUCGGAAUUUCAGAGCUUCUUCGACUGCAGCAUCCGAGUGAUGGAGCGUGCUCUGGCUGAAGACGGUGACAUCUUCUUUGACUACAGCGGCCGUGACCUGGAGGACAAAGAGGGAGACUCAGGCAGUGGCUCCAGUCUCUCCUGCAGUCGGCUCUUCUAUGACGAACACUGGUCGAAACACCGCGUUAUCACCUGUCUUGACUGGUCUCCUCAGUAUCCAGAGUUGUUGGUUGCUUCCUAUAACAACAAUGAAGAUGCUCCUCAUGAACCGGACGGCGUUGCCCUGGUGUGGAACAUCAAAUUUAAGAAGGCCACCCCCGAGUACAUUUUUCACUGUCAGUCUCCUGUAGUCUCUGUGGGCUUUGCCAGGUUUCAUCCCAACCUGGUGGUGGGAGGAACUUACUCGGGACAGAUUGUUCUGUGGGACAACCGCAGUCACCGCCGGACGCCUGUCCAGAGGACUCCUCUAUCUGCUGCUGCACACACUCACCCGGUGUACUGCGUUAACGUGGUCGGCACCCAGAAUGCCAACAACCUGAUCACAGUGUCUACAGACGGCAAGAUGUGCUCCUGGAGUCUGGACAUGCUCUCCCAGCCACAGGAGACGAUGGAACUAGUGUACAAUAAAUCCAAACCGGUAGCUGUGACAAGCAUGGCGUUUCCCAUGGGCGACGUCAACAACUAUGUGGUGGGAAGUGAGGAGGGCACAGUCUACACGGCGUCCAGACACGGCAGUAAAGCAGGUAUCUGCGAGAUGUUUGAGGGCCACCAGGGGCCAGUGACGGGCAUCAGCUGCCACAGCGCAGUGGGCACCGUUGACUUUUCCCACCUCUUCAUCACAUCUUCAUUUGACUGGACUGUCAAACUCUGGAGCACCAAGCACAACAAGCCUCUGUACUCGUUUGAGGACAACGCCGACUACGUGUAUGACGUCAUGUGGUCACCUGUGCACCCGGCGCUCUUUGCCUCCGUGGAUGGCAUGGGCCGCUUAGACCUGUGGAACCUUAACAACGACACUGAGGUACCGACUGCGAGCGUGAUGGUCGAAGGUGCGUCGGCCCUCAACAGGGUCCGCUGGUCCUCAGGUGGGAAGGAAGUAGCUGUGGGAGACUCAGAGGGCCGAGUGUGGAUCUACGACACUGGAGAGCUGUCAGUGGCUCACACAGACGACUGGGCACGCUUUGCCCGAACCCUGAUGGAGAUCCGUGCAAACCGGGCAGACGGCGAGGAGGAGGGGCCUAUGGAGCUGGCUUCAUAGAGCAGGACUCCAACCGAAGUGGAUUGAAUCGGAGAAUCAGCGUGCUUUUAUUGGUGUCACUGUAGCAUGUGCUUUUCACUCUUUUCUGUAAUGUUUCUUCACCUUUUAGGUUUUUCACGUUCCUCUCUGGUCCACUGUUUGUUUUUUUCCACAUUGUCCCUGCUGUGAAAUGUCUUUUAAUGGGUGAACGGUCCACUCCUGAUGUUUUGUCCCCCCCUUAUUUAUUUGUUUAUUGACUCAAGAGCCUACAGCAUAUACAAAGUGGCUUAGUCUUAUAGCCUUACAAAGAUAUGUGUACUGUAUCAACGCUUUGCACUACUGAAAAGAAAUAAAGCAGGGUCCAUAGACUAGUCGUGUAUUGUUUACAAAAAAAACCUCACAUUUAAUUUACGUUGUGCUUCUCUGUACUGAGCCUGCAUGUGACACAUUCCUGAAAUAUUCCCGCUGCAUAGACGUGGAGUUUGUAUGGUGACGUUUUCACACGUGGCUGCUUUACGUCAGUGUUUCAGGUCAUGGAUGUCAGAAAAACACGCAGAAAAGUGGGGUUUGGGCACUGAGUCUUUUGUUCCGAAUAAGAGGCACAGCUGCAUAAUCUUUCACCGAGUCUUACAGCUAACGAGAGGUGCAGUAUAUUGUAAUGCAGAGUGCUCGCUGUGAAACCUGCUAUGUUUGCCAUUAAAGCAUAGCUGAUGAACUCA